UUACUGGCUCCAAAGACGGCCCGGCGGCCGCCGGACCUUCCAGUGGUGAGACCCGGCUGCAACCCGGCAGCCGGGCCGUGCAGUGUGAAGGGACCCUAGCCCUCACACUGUUAACUACAAUGCCGGCACGGGAAAAGCCGGGUAGUGUGUUUUAGCCCUAAAGCCGGAGUAGCACCGUUACCCGAAACCACCCCACUCCCGGCAACGGUCACAUGACCGGAGAGCAGCCAUGUGACCGAGGGAAACCGGAGGAGCAGUGCUGCACCGGGAGCUGUCAUCAGCCGAUGCAGCAUCAGAAUCCAUGGUCUGACCCGGGACAAACCCUGUUCACGCCACAGCUCAGACCCGGGUUAUUCCCGCGUCGACACCGUUUACACUGUACAUGGGUGCAGUGUUAAAUGUUCUGCCGGCACUUGGAGAAGACAUCAAACCCAAGCGCCAGGGACCAGGCUCUCCCCAUACUGUGACCAGCGUCAAGAGAUGGCGUCUGAUGUCCCAACUUUAGGACUCGCCGUGUCCUCAGGAAAUCCGGGUUCAAGCACACAGGCUGGCGGGUCCGCAGUACAACGAGCCAAUAAGCGGCACGCCGGGUUGGAUUUUGAUGACGAUGAUGACUCCGGCAAUAAAUUUCUCAGGUGUGACGAUGACCAGCUGCCUAAUGACAAGGAGAGGUUUGCAAGGGAGAAUCACAGUGAGAUUGAAAGGAGGAGGAGGAAUAAAAUGACCGCUUACAUCACGGAGCUGUCAGAUAUGGUGCCCACCUGCAGCGCCCUGGCUCGCAAGCCGGACAAGCUCACCAUUCUGCGCAUGGCCGUGUCUCAUAUGAAGUCCUUGCGGGGCACAGGAAACACGUCCACAGAUGGCACCUACAAGCCGUCAUUCUUGACCGACCAGGAGUUGAAGCACCUGAUCUUGGAAGCAGCUGAUGGUUUCCUGUUUGUGGUGUCCUGCGAGACGGGAAGGAUUGUGUACGUAUCUGACUCAGUGACUCCUGUCCUCAACCAGCCGCAGUCCCAAUGGUUUGGCAGCACCUUGUACGACCAAGUUCACCCAGACGAUGUGGACAAGCUUCGGGAGCAGCUCUCCACCGCUGAGAACGCCAUGACGGGUCGUAUCCUAGAUUUGAAAACGGGCACAGUGAAGAAAGAGGGUCAGCAGUCGUCUAUGAGAAUGUGUAUGGGGUCUCGGAGGUCGUUCAUCUGUAGAAUGAGGUGUGGGAACACGGCAGUGGAUCCAUCUUCCGUGAACAGACUCAGCUACAUGAGGAACAGAUGCAGGAAUGGCCUGGGUCACCCCAAAGAUGGAGAUCCACAGUUUGUGGUUGUCCACUGCACAGGGUACAUCAAAGCAUGGCCACCUGCCGGUGUCACGUUGCCAGAAGAUGACCAGGAUACAGGACAAAGCAGCAAGUUCUGUCUAGUGGCCAUUGGUAGAUUACAGGUGACAAGCUCCCCUAACUGCACCGACCUAAACAGCGCCUGCCAGCCAAUUGAAUUCAUCUCUCGGCACAAUGUGAAUGGCAUGUACACUUUUGUGGACCACCGAUGUGCAGCCACGGUUGGCUACCAGCCACAGGAUCUCUUAGGAAAGGACGUUGUAGAGUUUGCCCACCCAGAAGACCAGCAGCUUCUGAGAGACAGUUUUCAGCAGGUGGUGAAAUUAAAAGGCCAGGUGUUGUCUGUCAUGUUCCGCUUCCGAUCCAAAAGCCGCGAGUGGCUGCUGAUAAGAACCAGCUCCUUCACCUUCCAGAACCCGUACUCUGACGAGAUAGAGUAUAUCAUCUGCACUAACACCAAUGUAAAGAAUACAAACCAGGAAUCACGGCCAGCCCUGACCAACUCUAUGCAGAGGCCGCCUCUCUGCCCGAGUAUUAAUCACCCUCUGGAAAUGGGUCCGGGCCAGCUGACUGCCAGGCAGCAGCCCCCUCCACAAGCGGAACUCGAUGUUCUACCCAACAGAGACAAUCUCGGAACAUACAACCACACGCAGGUUCCAGUACAGCCGGUGGCUGCCGCAGUUCCUGACCACAGCAAAUCCCGGGAGAAAUCAGACACCCUCUAUGGACAGGAGAGAGACCCCAGGUUUGCCGAAAUCUAUAGCAGCCUUAAUUCAGACCAGAACAAAGCACUUAAUCCUAGCGGAGUCCCAGGCAACCAGCAACUCUUCCCACAAGCCAGCACUUUCACCCCAGCCCCCCGCCCAGUGGACGGUUUCAGGAGUGGUGGCAUGGUGUCUCCAGCCAACAUUAUCCAGCAGCCUGUGUCUGCGGGGCAGAUCCUGGCGCAGAUCUCUCGGCAUACCAGCCCCACACAAGUCUCCGGCACCAACUGGAGCUCUGGCACACGGCCGUCCUUCACAGCACAGGCAGCAAAGACCCAGUCUCCUCCGUUCGGAAUGGGCAACUUCCAGACAACACCCACCAACUUCAGCCCACUGUCCUCCCAGAGUUCAACCUCUUCUCCAGCUGGAAGCACUUACCCCAGCCUGGCCAGCCGGACCAACAGCUUUGCCGCUGAUGUAGGACAGCCGCGUGUACCCUUCCAGACACGGGCAGCGGAGGCGGUGUGGCCGCAGUGGCAGAAUCAGCAUCACAGCCAGAGCACUGCAGACACGCAUGUCCAGCCGCAAGCCAGCCAAUCAGAGGUCUUCCCAGACAUGCUGUCCAUGCUGGGAGACCAGACGUCCAGUUACAACAGCGAAGAGUUUUCCGAGCUCGGUAUGUUCCAGUCUUUUGCCGAGUAAAAAUGGGGCAGGACAAAUGGAAUUCUGAAGCCUACAAAUGAGCAUUAAUCCGGCUCACUCGCUCUUACCCUAAGGAUACGAGAUGGGGCAGUGGAAGUAAUGAGAAGGACAUUGAGGCCCGACAACGGGAGGAAAUCCUUACAGGGACACCACAGAACUGCCUUCUUUGUGAAUAAGGAGAGAUGGGACACACCUCACCAGCUUUAAACCCCACAUUGUGCCACAGAUUUUUUAUUUUUUUCACUUCUUUUCUAGGAAUCUGAGACGGGAAGACAAAAAGCACACGUGAAUUAUGACGUCACCCACCAAAAAAUAAAAAAAUUCACAGUUUUUUAUUUUUUAUAUUAACUAUCAAAUGACCCUAAAAGGUAUAAUUUUAGGCUCUAUCAGGGAUAACUUUGUGCGUAAGAUAAUCACAAAUCUAGUGGGUGCCUUUUAUAAUGUCAGGGCAGGAAAUUGUCGCCUCGAGGGAAGACGUUUGCGUUCUCCCCGCUGAAGACUUGGCGAUAUGUGUACAGCCAUCAGGGGCGGUCUAUCUAAUCGUGCUUGGGUUAUUACUAUACACAGGCGGGACGCCUAAGGUGUCCAUUAUAUUCUGCUUAUUACUUUAUUAAUUUAAUGCUUUUGCCUUAAAACAAGUGAAUAUUUAAUUGUUGUUCUUUUUUGUACCUAAUUAUUCAUCUUGCAAAGAAAAUAUUUGUAUCAAAGAUUUCUUGACAAUCCACAGGAUUCCCGAGACCCGUAGGGAACAGGAAAAGGAUCGGUGAAGAGAGCUGUUACGCCAUCGCACAUGUAGCCAUACAGGCUGUAUAACGCCGCCGUAAUACAGAUAGUGUUCAGUGUUCUUCUUUGACGAGAUACGGGUCUUUACCCUUUAGAGGUUAUUUAAAAUCCUUUUGACUCCACGUUUAGGAACAAUCAAGAUGGCUGUCUUGUUUAUACAGAUCUCAAAAUGGCCUCCUUUUAAGCACUUCAUAGGAAUGAGCACCCCACGAUGUUUUACGUUUUAUUAAAUGGAUAUUACUUGGUCAUGAUUUAGUCAGGUUAUGAUGAUACAACAAGCAGCGUCUGCUUAAUCAGAGAUAAAAUGGCAUUUACUAUUGUAUGAAUUGGAAAAACAUAGAUGGAUUGUAAGUGUAGUUUUAAAGCUACAGAACAGUUGUGCUUUGAUCACAGGUAUCACCUGUACACCGAUCGGAUAACGAGACAUCUAGCCUUUUAUUAUUUGUGAAAUUUACCUUGUUAAUCCGGUGCCGUUGGCAGGAUUAAUGCAGAUUUUAUAUCUUGUAUUAUGUUACACACGUUUCUUAUUCUCCAGGACAAACCGCUUUAUUCCUAUCUCUCCCUUUCCGUUUACUUCAAAACAUUUUAUUGUGCAAAGUGUUUUAUGUGUAUACUAUAUGAAAUAAUAUAAUUUUAUGAGAAUUUUUACUUGA